UCGCUUCGUCCCAUCUUCAAUCAUCUCCAUCUCUUUCUCUUCAAGUUCUUAUCAGCAACGCUUUCUUAGCCCUCCCACAUUCCAACAGAAGAUAUGAAGAAAAUAGUGUUGAAGGUGGAAUUAUACGAUGAAAGAAUCAAGAAGAGAGCCAUGAAGGCGGUCUCUGGCAUUCCAGGAGUUGAGUCAGUGUCGGCGGACAUGAAGGCAAACACAUUGACUUUGAUCGGAGACAUAGAUCCUGUGUGUGCAGUGUGGAAGCUGAGGAAGGUGUCUCCCACAGAGAUAGUUUCAGUGGGAGCAGCCAAAGAAGAGAAGAAAAAGGAAGAACCUAAGAAGCCAGAACCCAAGAAGGAAGAGAAAAAAGAAGAACCAAAAGUGGUUGUGCCGUGCUAUGAAUAUUAUUAUCCAAUAAGACCCCACCCAUAUUGCUAUGUGACUUGUGUUGAGGAAAUUCCUAAUCCCUGUGUCAUUUUGUAAUUUUGCACCUUUUGAACUUUGAUUUCAGAGCCAAAGAAGAGAAGAAAAAGAAGAACCUGAGAACCCAGAACCCAGGAAGGAAGA